CUCAAAGCCCUUUCCAAACUCACAAGGACGCUGUAGUUGGGAAGAGUGGGCCGGUCACUGCUGCAAUAACCAUGGCACCAGCUGGAGAAAAGAGAGGCAUCCUGGAGCGUCUGGAGGCAGGAGAAGUCGUUAUCGGGGACGGAGGCUUCGUCUUCGCCCUGGAGAAGAGAGGUUAUGUGAAAGCAGGGCCGUGGACACCUGAGGCUGCUGCCGAGCACCCGGAGGCCGUGCGGCAGCUGCACAGGGAGUUCCUGAGAGCAGGCGCCAAUGUCAUGCAGACCUUCACCUUCUACGCCAGUGAUGACAAACUGGUGAACAGAGGACACGCUCAGCGCUUCACCGGCCAGCAGAUAAACGAAGCAGCGUGUGACCUGGCCAGAGAGGUGGCCAAUGAAGGUGACGCUCUGGUGGCAGGAGGCGUCUCUCAGACCCCGUCCUACCUCAGCUGCAAGAGCCAGGACGACGUCAAGGCCAUCUUCAAGAAACAGAUGGACGUCUUUGUCAACAAAAAUGUGGACUUCUUGAUUGCAGAGUACUUUGAGCACGUGGAAGAGGCUGAGUGGGCAGUCCAGGUCUUGAAGACCUCCGGCAAACCAGUGGCUGCAUCUCUGUGCAUUGGACCUGAAGGAGACCUGAAUGGAGUGAGCCCUGGAGACUGUGCUGUCAAACUCGUCAAAGCUGGAGCUCACAUUGUGGGCAUUAACUGCCACUUUGACCCGGAGACCUGUGUGAACACCGUGAAGAUGAUGAAGGCGGGAGUGGAGAAGGCCGGCCUGAAGGCUCACUACAUGUGCCAGCCGCUGGCCUUCCACACCCCCGACUGCAACCGCCAGGGUUUCAUUGAUCUGCCCGAGUUCCCCUUCGGUCUGGAGCCAAGGAUCCUGACCAGGUGGGACAUGCACAAAUAUGCCCGCGAAGCGUACAAAGCUGGAAUCCGUUAUAUCGGAGGCUGCUGUGGAUUUGAGCCCUAUCACGUCCGUGCCCUGGCUGAGGAGCUGGCCCCUGAGAGGGGUUUCCUGCCUGCUGGCUCUGAGAAGCACGGCAGCUGGGGUAGUGGCCUGGAGAUGCACACCAAGCCUUGGGUCAGAGCUAGGGCCCGUCGUGACUACUGGGAGAACCUGAAGCCUGCCUCUGGUCGUCCCUGCUGCCCCUCCAUGGCCAAACCCGAUGGCUGGGGUAUCACCAAAGGCCACGCUGACCUGAUGCAGCAGAAGGAGGCCACGUCCCAGGAGCAGCUGAAGGCUCUCUUUGACAAGGCCAACAAGGGCCAAUGAGCUCCAUCCCUGAGGUGAAGAUCUGAAAGGAAGGAGCCAAGCGGUGGUGUGCGAGGAGGCAAACCCACACAUCCCCUGAGUUUACAUACCAAAACAAAUAUAAUGGUUAUUUCUGUCUUAAGGACCAUUUUUUUUUAAAAUAUAACUUUACAAAUGAGCUUUCCAAAUGUAACUAAGAUCGAGUGCCUGUUUCAGUACAGUGAUAUCUGUAAAACUAACCUUUCUACAAAGCUCGGAAGAGCAGCUGUGAUGUCCCUAACACUCCAAAAAAAGUGCUUGUUGUCUUAAAAGAAAUUAAUUCUAUGUCGCAAUAAACUUCCAACUGAACAAAA